GGACAUUUUUGCAUAAGCCCCCUCCCUCCCUCCCUCCCUCCAUCCCUACUUCCCUACUUCCCUCCCUCCAUCCAUCUCUCUACCAUAGGCUCCUCACCAUAGCAUCAUAUUUUCCUCCGUCUUUUCCCUGAGUCAUCGUGCCACACCACCGGGCUCCUGCUCCGGUUUCAGCGGCUCUCUGGAUCUGGAUCUUGUCACGUCCCCUCUGAUGAAAAUAUUCGACGACGUUUUUCAAAAUGACUGAAGUGGCCCCGAGCUGCACUGAGAUGACAGCGCUGGCUCCUCCUGCUGCACCGCUGAUCAGCAGCAGGAACGCAUCUCCAGCUCGAUCUCCAUCCGGUCUCAACAGCCCUCCAGAGAAGGUGGAGUUGCUGCGGGAUAAGGAGCGCCGUGCGCAGCAGCAGCUGGUGCGCUGCGCCGAGGAGCGGGGGAGGAAGAUGGAGGUGCAGAAGAGGAAGGAGCAGCAGCGCCGGGCGGCAGCUGAGGAGAAGAGACGGCAGCAGCAAGAAGCAGAGAAGGUCAGAGGUCACGGCACACUGAUGAUGCAUUCAAGACACGUUAGGAAAAGUGGGAAAACAGGAGGACUGCUGUGGAGGAAGAGCGGACGAGGAUCAACGGAGGAAGGUAACCCUAAGACCCCGCCCUGCCAUGCCAUUGGCUCCGCUCAGCCCAAUGGGCUUCCUGCUGCUUCCGGCGCCAGCCAAUCCCGUAACGUCAGUGACUUCCUGUCUCCACCCGGGAUGGAUCAGCCAAUCAACAAGCAGCUCUCCAACUCUUCAGCUGCCCUCCAUUCACCAGAGAGAGUGUCUUUUGUGUCCCAUCGAACAGCUUCCCCCAACAACCACAGACCAUACAGAAGUUCCUCCAACCGUAGGAGCAUCGCUGGAUUUCCUGAAGAGGCAUCCAAAGCCAAAACACCCACGGUCAGCACGCACACGCACACACACACACACACACACACACACACGCACACAUCCUCCACUCGUACUCUGACUGUUUUUGUUGAGUCACGCUGCGUCUCUGUCUCCCCCCCCACAGAGUCUCCGGGCACGCCCACAGGCCGGAGCGUUGGCGGGACGAAGGACGCUGAGGAGGCGUCCCGGCUGCUGGCGGAGAGACGCCGUCUGGCCCGCCUACAGAAGGAGCAGGACGAGAGACAACGGCAGGAGGAGGAGAGGCUGAGGGCGGAGGAGGAGCUGCGGAGGCAGCAGGAGGAGAAGGAGAGGCAGGAGAGAGCUGCGCUGCAGGCCGAGGAGGAGAGGGUGAGGCGGGAGGAGGAGAGGAGGAACCGGGAGGACGAGGAGAGACGGCAGAAGGAGCAGAGAUGGAAGGACAUGCAGGAUCAGCUGGACCGAGAGAGGGAGGAGGCCUUCCUGCGAGCCCAGAAAGAGGCAGAGAGGAAGAGGCAGGAGAGAGAGCUGCUGCACAUCCAGGAGGAGCAGGAGAGACUGCAGAGGAAGAAGAGGAUUGAGGAGAUCAUGAAGAGAACUCGGAGGAGUGAAGUUGAGCCUCUGUCUGGUGCUGAAGCGUCCGACGUGAGGCCCGAGGCUGCGGUCCCCCCGGAGGAGGACGCCCCGACUCCAGCCGAGGCCCCCGUCAUGCUGGGACCCCUGGAGAAUAAGACCUUUGUGGACGAGCUGUCUGACGGAGUCCAGUCCAUGGACGUCAGUUCUCCAUCUGUCUCCACCAGUCCUGUGUCCAGGGACGAGCAGCCGAGCGCUCACGAGUUUUCGCCGCUCACAGAGGGGACGGAUGGCUGUCCCCUGGAGCACCUGAUGGAGCUGGACGCCCACGCUCGUGGACAGCAACAGGGCAGGGACAUGCCCUCCUACCCUAAACUGCAGGCCGGCAGCGGGGUCGGAGACCUCAACAAGAACCUGCUGAUCCAAGCGUACAGCGCCGCCUCCGAAACCUCCCAGCUGAUCCACAGCGUCGGGCCCAGCAAACUGGACGUCCAGUAGUCAGGGCUUUUUCGGGAGGAAGUUCUGGAGGAAAGUUCUGGAGGAAACGACCAAGAACAACACUCACUUCCACAAAGGAACAAAUGCUGAACUAAUUUCACAUCUGUAUUACCAAACAUCGCAUAACGGUGUAGCUUCUGGCCACAUUUUGAGGAAGUGCAAAUGGGCAAUUCUAACUCUCACACACACACAACAGAGUUGGACAAAAUCAUGCAGAUCAUGUGACGUGUAUAUAUUUAAGACAUGAAAAGGGAGAAUGAGCAGAGUUGUUGCAUGUUUCUCAUAUAAUAAACGUUUAGGAAAGUAUGUCCGAGGCUCAACUCUGCACAAAUUAAGUUCCCUUUUCAGUCACAGAUCACAUUGAUUUUGCAUUUAAGAUAUACCCCGUCAUCUGACUUAACCUUUAAAUGACCAACUCUCGGAAAUCAGACCAUCUCGUGCACGCCGGUUCCUGUUGGAGCCAGUAUUGCCCAGCUGCACCGCCACAAACUGUCACUCAAGCAUCUCCCGCCGCUUUAGCCUCUCAUCCUUGCUUUUGUAAAACUCUGUAAAUAGAUCCGACCGGGUGGGGGAGUCAGGGAGCGGGUCUGUAGCAGUUCACCUGGAGGGAAGGCCGUAAAACACACGCUGUCGUGUGAAUCCCGUGUAGCAUCUUCAGUAAGGACUAGCUAGUUGAGCUGUUAAUGGUUGUAGCCGUGUACUUGAACAGUGUGUGGCAGUUUCUCUCUUUCUGUCGGUGUUUCUGAUGGUUCCUGUGUGUCUAUCUCACCUCUGACAGCGACACCUACUUCCAUAAGAAACCCGGUCUGUUGUAGAUCUCCCGCCGCCCCGCCGCUGGAGAAAAACCCCCGUCAGCGACUGAUAUUAUAACCCCGCUGAUUACACGUAACACUUAGCCUGUCGCUUUGGUUUGCCUGCUGCUCGGCACUUGAUCCAUGGACGUUUUUGCGGAGGUGCAACAAUCCACAGCGAGGACAU